AUGGAGAACCCGAGUUUUGAUGAGAACCAAACGGAACAUACGCGGGUUCGAUUUGAGCGCAAUGCAACGCCGCCGCCAUCAUCGACUGUCGAUGGUUAUCAAGUGCUGCGCGGUCAUUGUCACAAUUGGAGCGACGACGACGACGACGACGACGACGUGAUCGACGACGUCGACAUGCUAUCGCCGACGCAGCUCGACAUUCAGGUAAUCAUUGAAGCUCUCUCGUAA